AUGGCCUGUAAAUAUAGAUGCUGUGUUAGCUUUAGAUUUCGGAAGGAAUUGGGAAAUUCGUGGCUUUGUUGGAAGUUUGGUUGCAUAGUACUCAUACUUGAUCCUUAUGGAUCCUAUAAUUUUGCUAGCAUCUCUCAAGAAUUUGAUCCCAAAAGGAUUUUGUUACAAGUCCUUAGUUGUUUCGAAAUCAUUGGGAACGAGGACAGCGAACAUGAAGAAUUAGGACAAAUACUGUAUAAGAGCUUGUUCGGGCAACGGUAUCUGAUUGUGAUGGAUGACAUUUGGGGUACGGACGCGUGGGAUGGGGUGAAGCGCUUCUUUCCCAAUAACAACGAUGGGAGCAAAGUGUUGAUAACCACUAGGCUAUCAAAUGUGGCUUUGCAGCUGGGCGUGGAUGGCCCAGAGUACUUUCAGAUGAGGUUUCUGAGUCAGAAUGAAAGUUGGAAUCUGCUGCGUAGGUGCGUGUUUGGGGAGCAAGGGUGCCCUCCGGAACUGGAAGAGAUUGGGAAGGACAUUGCCAAAAAAUGCAGAGGCCUUCCAUUGUCAAUUGUGGUGAUUGGAGAACUCCUAGCAAAGUCUGAACAGACACAGGAAAACUGGAAACACAUUGCAGAAAGUGUAAGCUCGAUAGCGGAUGACGAGCGUUGCUUCAGAAUAUUGCAGUUGAGCUACAAUAAACUUCCGGUCCACCUGAAGCCGUGUUUUCUCUACACGGCCAUGUUCCGGGAGGACUGCGAGAUUGAAGUCCCCACGCUCAUGAAGCUAUGGAUUGAUGAAGGAUUCGUGAAACCAGACGCGAUUGAAAGUCUGGAAGAAGUUGCCAGAUUGUAUCUACAUGAUCUCGUUUUCCGAAACCUAAUCUUGGUUCGCGAGUUGGGCCCUACUCGAAGAAUAAAA